CAGGAUCGCUGGUGAGUUUCAACUCUUCCCACAGCUCUGCGGAAUACAGACAGUCACCUGAGAAUUCCCAAACACUUGGCAGAAACUGAGAGUGUGAAGGAGUGAGAUAUUGUCAGCACCGGGGCAGCGUCAGACUGUCAGAGAGGCUUGGUGGUUGGAGUUGGUGGUGUGAACCACUGCUACCUACACACACACACACAGUCAGUCAGUCAGUCAAACCCCGUUCAACACUGGGCUGCCGGAUUUCGCUCUGUCGCGGCAGAGUGGGCCACCUCGACGUUCAUUAGAAACUGCGCUUCCAGCAACAUUUUUGGGACCGAACUGAACCGUCGAAUCGAUCAAGCUGACUCAAGCGGGCGCCUGGGCUAGAGAACGGGUACUCCAAGCGACCCAGCCUGUCUGACAAACUCGCGUUUUAUAAACGACGGUAGGACCAGCAACUUAUACCCGACCCCCCACCACCUCCACCACCUCCACCACCUUCACCACCGGCCGAACAAUUCCCUGCCGUCGCUGGAACUGGAAGGAUGUGGGCAUUGGGGCGAGUGGCGAGCAGGACACAGCUCGGGGUAGUCCUCUACUGCGCCUUCCUGUUCAUUAAAGUGGACGCGGGCAGGUCGGAGCGAGGAAAAGCGUCUGACACGUUCUGCAUGUUCCAAGACAAGAGAUACCGGAUGGGAGAGCAUUGGCACCCAUACCUCGAACCCUAUGGAUUUGUCUACUGCAUCAACUGUGCCUGCUCCGAGAAUGGGCACGUGGCAUGCAAUCGGGUGAAAUGUCCGACUGUGUAUUGCUCUAGCCCCAUGACCAUCCCUCAGCACUGCUGUCCACGAUGUUCACCAGAAGAUCACCACAACCCGGCAGCAGCCAAAGUCAUCGGCAAAUCCUGUGAAUACAACGGCACCACGUACCAGCACGGGGAGAUGUUUGUGGCAGAAGGACUGUUCAUGUCGCGGCAUCCCAACCAGUGUGCGCAGUGCAGCUGCUCGGAAGGGAACGUCUACUGUGGGCUGCGGACCUGCCCAAAGCUGACCUGUCCAUCUCCAAUCUCCACGCCUGACUCCUGUUGUCAGGUUUGCCGAGGGGAAGGAGACUCGUCCUGGGAUACAACAGACGCCGGAAUCUUCCGCCCACCAUCCAACAGGGAAGCGAGACACUCGUAUCCACGGAGCCAGUAUGAAUCUCGGGGAAACUUUGGAAGUUCUUUUGCCAACUUGCCCAGAAUGUCCAACUCAAGGACGCACCGUGGGCUGUUAACUGACCCCCAGCAAGGAUCGGGGACCAUUGUGCAAAUAAUCAUCAACAACAAGUUUCGACACAACAGAGUGUGCGUGUCGAAUGGAAAGACCUACUCGCACGGAGAGUCCUGGCAUCCAAUUCUUCGCCCGUUUGGACCAGUGGAGUGCGUGCUGUGCACCUGUAACGUCACGAAACAGGAGUGUAAGAAGAUCCAUUGUCCAGAAUCAUAUCCCUGUAAACACCCACAGAAAACCACCGGCAAAUGCUGCAAAGUUUGCCCAGUCCCGGAGGCGUUAGUGUUUUCCCAAGAUGACAGCAAGGAGGCGGGAUGCAGUGAGGAGAACGUUCUCGUUUACGAGUCGCUCUUCACACAGGAGACUGACCCGCAAAAGUACAGCAAGAAGAUUGCGAUAAUGUCCGACAUUCUGCCGGACGUAGAGAUCCAUGAGUGGACUCCGAUAAAUGGGAUUGUGCACCACAUAACCAUGGAGAAAAUAUCACGGAGAGAUUUUGAGAAACAGAUCAAUCUUGGGUCUUUCAAGUUCUUCACAAGGACCACUCAGAGUCGAUGGAAAAUCUUCAAGGAGGGGGAAGAGCAAAUCAGUGACCGAUGUAUGAACCAAGGGUGUAAAACAGAGUUGGAGGAUUUGCUGAAGGUUUUACAGUUGAACAAGUCAGAGAAGGGGCAAUGCUGAAGUAGGGAGGACUGGGAGCAGAGGAUGUUGAGGGUCGGCAAUGUGAGAAUGUGACUCUGCCCCCCCUGAGAAUCAAGCCUGUAGCUGGACUGCAGUAUGGCUGUGUUCAAAGCCUGAACAGCACCACAAGAGAAGGAAGAAAGAGUUAAGAAAUUGAAGAUAGAUGCAAAAAGCUGGAGUAACUCAGCGGGUCAGGCAGCAUCGCUGGAGAAAAAGCAUGGGUGACGUUUCAGGUCCGAGACCCUUUUUCAGACAGACUCGGCUAACAAUGGCCUGGAUCAUUUAUCAUCGUUACUUUUUUUGCACACCUUUCAUUCGUUUGUUCGAUAACUCACUACAUCACCAUCUAUAUCUCUCGUUUCCCUCUCCCCUGACUCUCAGACGGAAGAAAGGUCUCGACCCGAAACGUCACCCUACUCUUUUUCGCCACUGAGUUACUCCAGCCUAUUGCACCUAUCUUCGGUUUACACCAGCAUCUGCAGUUCCUUCCGUCACACUUAAGAAAGUGAAAUGAGGAAGAGUGCCUUUGAAGAUGGAGAGAGAAAUGCAGAGUGGGCCGAGUAUGUAUUUAUUUGUAUUAUAAAACACUAUUGAAAUUACUAAUGUGAUCUUAAUUCUUAGAGUGCAAUUAGCCUUCCAUUGUAUUUGUGAUAAUAUCCAUCAUAUGUAAUGCUUAUCUUGGUCUUAGGUAAAGUCUCAUUAUCCAGUCCGCAGAAUACGUUGACAUUAACCUUGAAGGAAUUUGUACUUUAUUUAUGUACUGACGUCGUUUCAUGCUGCGUUUUUUGAAACUAAUAAAAUAUAACCAAUCUUACAAA